AAGUAGAUGGAGUUCUUACCGGAAGUAGUUCUGGGACACUUUUGACAGUUUCUCUAGCCGCAGAAGCACGACAGGCUACCUUUCACGUUUUGGUUGCUGUUUCUUAUCUCUCGGAUCUGUUCUCUGAGAGAUUGUAAGCCCAGCAGUGUGUUUGUGUAAAGACAGGCUUCCAGCCAUGUCUGCUGUGGUCGAUCUGAAGACGAAGGAGGAGAAAGAUGCGGAACUGGACAGACGUAUUGAAGCUCUGCGGAAGAAAAACGAGGCUUUAAUGAAGAGACACCAGGAAAUAGAAGAGGACAAAAAGAAGGCUGAGCAGGAGGGCAUUGCCGUGACGACACACCGCAAACCUCGCACUCAUGAGCCUGAUUCAGAGCGGCGGAAGAUUGAAAAGGAGAACAUAACUGUGACAGUUCUGUCUAAACCCAGCGGGGUAAGACCAUCAGUGUCGAUGCAUCAGAGCAACCCAAGUGAUCAUUGUGAAAGUCGGGUGGUAAAUGAUAGGCAGUCAGCACCACACCGUGGUGAUCGUGAAACAGAAGAGGGGUUCGCUGGCUGGCCCCCACAUAAGACAGGAUCUGGGCGGCUGAGCAGAGGUGGGCAGCGUGGAGGUGGUCAUCGCACCGAGAGAAGAGAACCACGGGAAGAGGUAGUAGGAGGAGGAGGAGGAGAGGGCCCUUUUCACAAUGAACGCUCCCGAGGACGACGGGGAGGAAGAGGAGGAAGAGGAAGCAUGGAGCAGGGUGGCUCUGGGACAGACAGAAAAUCAAAGGACUGGGAAGAGAAGAGACGACAGAACAUUGAGAAGAUGAAUGAGGAGAUGGAGAAGAUUGCUGAGUAUGAGAGAGGUCAAAGGACUGAAGGUGAAAAGUAUCCCACCCGGAACUUUCUGGAUGAUCCGCGGCGCAGCGGACCAAUUCCUGAGAUGGAUCGCAAAGAGGGGAGCCGCAGGCACGUCCGCAACUGGGGUGGACUGGAUUUUGAAAAUGUUAAGACUGGAACUGAGGGAGAGAAAGAGUGGAUGAAUCGGAGACCUGGAGGGAGAGGAUCAAUGGAUAUGACUUUGUCGAUGACGGGCAGAGAAAGGGCUGAGUAUCUACGCUGGAAAAAGGAGCGUGCGCAGAUCGAUGAGGAGAGAUUGGCUCGUCAUCGUAACGCCACUGGUCAGUGGAGACGAGAGUGGGAUGCCCAGAAAACAGAUACAAUGUUCACAGAGGACCCAGCUGUGGGUGGAGAGGGCAUGCCAGAACCAAGCAGCAGGAGAGCAGAUAGAGGGCGUAAUGCCCGUACACAGCAACGCAGAGGGGCUUCAGACGAUAGCAGAAAAAAAAAGGCACCCACAUUUGGAGAUUUCUUAGGGCAGGGCAAACUCGGAGAGGUGGGCCGUGGAGGCAGAGGAAGAGGGAAAGGUCAAGGUCAUGGCAAGAGUUACAGUAUGCAUGAUAAUCGGUGGGAAGCAGAGAAAGAGGAAGAAAAAGGGAAAAAGGAGGAACAGGAAAAAGAAAAGACAAAGGAAAUGGAUGAGCCCAAAGCUCCAUUAGAAAAGAAGCAGACUGCUGUUGCUGAAGAGAAAUCGGUUGCUGAAGAUGAAGAUGAUGAGUGGGUGGAUACCAGUGAUGUAGAUGAAGAUGAGGCAGUGGAAGAGUCUGAGGAUAAAGAAGGUUCUGUGAAAGAUUGCAAACCCAAGGAGAAGAGCCAUAGCUCCCCUGCUCCAUCAAGUCCCAGUCCUAAGGAACAGAGGACACCCAGACCCAAAGUGCACAUCCCGUCUUCCCCUCAGGAGUGUCUCACUACCCCAGAAGGCACAAAGCCUCUCAGCCCCUUUUCCCCUCCUGAGGGCCACCAGCCUGUAUCAGACUGGGGAGAGGAGAUGGAGAUGCUAUCCCCUAAAAGCAGCUUGGGUGAGAGUCCCUUGAGGCCCACCAGUAAUGAAAGCAGUCCGGCUCAGAACAAGAGCCGGGAGGAGGAGGAGCAGCAGCAGCAGCAGCAGCAGCAGCAGCAGCAGCAAAGUAAUGAUGCAACAGACCCACCCAAGCAGUCCGACAAACAGAAUGACACACUGCCUGUAGCAGAGUCGAGUGCUCCUGCUGUCCAGGAAGAAUCAACAACACACCAUGCUGAUUCCCCCUCUAGCAGCAAUACGCCCACAGAGCCUGCAGAGGAUUCAACCACACAGAAGGAAGAGAGUGCAGUCCCUGCUGUAGAGCUGGAUUUGAAGCAAUCUGGAAGUGAAGGUGCAACUCCAGUUGAGUCCACAGAUCAGACAUGCUCAGGCUAAAGAGUAACUGCAAUAAUUGCAGCACUAGUGAUCUUGUGAGAGAAGAAAAAAGGUAAGAAGUGAGAAGAACACCAGGCCUAAUAGAUAUCCACUGCCUGAACAUAUGGAGGAUUGCAGGCCCUAUGAUUACUUAUUCCCACCUCCAAACAACUAAUUUGUAUGAUCUUUUGUUCUCUCCGUACAAAUUAUUCUAGUGCUACAUGUGUUGCAAAAUCUAGGACUGGAAUUUACGAGUCUCUGCAAACCAUAUAUGUGACACUGUAAAGAUAAUGCAGCACAUUAUAUGCAAGGAGGCAAAAAAUAAACAUACCUUAAGAAUAGUAGCUGUUUUACAUGACAUUUGGUAAGAGUUCACACCUUAUCCUAGUCAUAAGAUACAUUUGCUAUCAGAAAUAGUUUGGAGGCAAUGCUAUUUUUGCUUCAUGCUGCUUUAGUCCUCAAGGGUUAGUCAAUCAAAUGCAUGCUUUAGUUUGUGUAUGAUACCUAUGCAAACAAAAUGGAAGGGGCAUUAGGAUUAUCAAAAUUAUUUGUAAAAAUCUGGAUUUUCUGUUGGGUUUUUUUUUGGUUUGUUCUUGUGUUUUGUUUUGUUUUUUAUUCAUGGUUAAGAUUGUAAUUUGCCUGCAAAAUAAGGUGCUAGAUAUGCUCACAUUUAUCAUUUGUGACCUAAACUGUAUGUGUAUGUAUUAUGACCAAAGAUGUUUCUUAGAAGGGGUUUUGUAGAAGACUUUGGCUCUGUUAGAAAAAUAAUGAACAUUUGAGGCAACAUAGAAAGUGUGCCUCAAUAGAACUAACCUUGGUUUUGGAUUUUUAGUUUUUAUCUUUAUUGUUUUGUUUGUCUUUAUGCUCUCCAUUUUUGUUUAGGAAUUUUUCAUGUGAAAGCAGGCAGUUUGGCUCAUUGAGGCUGUUUUAGAAGCAUGGGUUUCUAUCUUUUAGCAAAUUUAGUGAAGUAUAUUGAUUGUAAUAAGUUUUUUUUUUUUUUUUUUGUUUUUUUUUUUUUAAAUGGUGUACAUUCCAAUGCUUCGUGUGUCAUCUUUCACUGUUGGCAUUGAGAACCCUCAGCUUAAGAAGAAGAAGAAGAGGGGAAAAAAAUUCCAACAAAAAAAAUCUUGAAAUUUGUGAUUGUAUUGUGUCUAUCUGCAAAUGGACUCUCCUUGUGUUUACUUUAUAAUUAGAUCUAGGUUUGCCUCUGUUGGUGUUUCAGCAAUGCACAUGUGGUUGUAUGAUUUUAAGUGUUUGUAAGAUUCAUCCCAGAGUGAAACACUAUUAUAUCUCAAUCAUUUAUUUUUAAUGAAGAUUAUCAAUUAAUGCUUUUGCCUUUUCAUUUUUCAUGGAAAUGAUGCAUUGUGUUAUUUACGUUGUAGUUUCUUUUUAAAUAAAUGCAUAUCUUUGCUUUAAAUCUCCUUCUCUA